GUCAUCACUCUUUCCAUACCGCAUACCUAGCUAAACCUUUGGUGAAUAUCAACACUCAUCCAUCCGCUUCAUUUCAUAAAACACCACACCACCUAACCCUUUCCCCAAACCGCAAAAAUGGCCAAGAGCAAGAGAGCGUCCGUUAUCAAGAACAACAACCAGAAACUGAAGAAGAAUGUUUUUGGACCUGUUGAGGCCGCUCGCUUGGAGAGAAUCUCUGCCAAGCUCCUCGAGCUUGCUGCUCAGCCCAAGCCCAUCAAGGAGGUGGAGAUGGAGACCGUGAACGAGGAUGAGGUCAAGGAGGCCACCAAGGAUGACUCUGCUAUGGAGGUUGAUUCCGCCAAGCCUGUAAAGGUUGGCAGCAAGAAGAUUGAGAAGAAGAGGCGGGUCAAGAAGUCCAAGAUUGUCUUCCCCAAGUAUGGCGAGAAGUUCAGCAAGAAGAGGAAAUGAGCGACAAGCGGCCACGAUUUGAGCAGCUGAGUUUCGACACACGACCAAAAGUAUCACCGGUGUGGCCAGGGCUAUAGAGCGGCUGUACUACCAAAGGACAACUACAACAACUCUCUCAUGCUCCAGGCAUGUCCUAGCGGUUGUUCAUUCUCACGACGGCGACAAGAUAGUGCCGGGCGUUUAGGGCUAGGAUGGAAGGAGACGGUACGGAUGACGACCUUUUGUGGCAGGCCUCGUUUUUCUGGUCUGUCUGGGGCUUCACCGGUGCUUUGCACAGACGGGAUUGAUCGAGUUGUCAAUCUUCCGCGUUGCCGACGCCGACGCUGUUGCGAAAAAGCAUGAACUUCAGAAGUCAUAUGGGAUGGAAAAGCAGCAAAACGGACUAGUGGGGUGGGAUUAUCUACACUUGGCGCAUUUGGUUUUGGUUCUUUAAUGGAUUUAUUUUUCUAGGCUGGCAUGCUAUUCUAGGGGUCUCUCACUUUUACUGCGUUAACGCUGUGCUCUAAGUGGGUCCAGUGCCAAUCCUACCUGUACGACGGGAAAGGCCUGGGCUUCUGUGGGAACGGACUUGAAAUGGAAGGAACUGAGGUGGAAGCCACCUAACUUUGGGCUGAACCUCACUGGCCCCCUUUCUUCCACUGUUAUCUGCCUUAACAACCUCACUUGUACCUCACAACAUCAACACUACCUAAUCUAUCCUGAACGCAUAUCUCAUUUCCUCCC